CACCAGGUAAACUUGUUUACAAAUCAUUAAAGGAAUUAGUUUCCUUUGCUAUUUUAACUCUAAAAGAAGAUAGAAAUUAGUUGUUGGUCCGUGAUCGCAGUGAUACGUUGGCGUGACUUGCUCAUCUCUAUUGGUUGGUGUUACGCGACUGAACUAGCACAAAAAAAGCGUUUUAUUGUUAAUUUGUUAGUUUCCUUUAUAAAAAAGGUCGAAAUGCUGAGGACUCUUUUCUCUGGGGCCUUGAGGAGCGCCUGUCGCUUGCCGGCAACGAUAUCGGUUCUACCUGCCACACAACGUGCCUGCUUUUCCCAGCUAAUUGUAGCCCAAAACCCAACAAAUGUACUGCCCGCCUGCAGUCUAACAUCGACGAGCACAACUCAGCUCCUUCAACUCCUGCCACCUGCUCCGGCGACCACAACUAGCACACGCACAGUAACCAAAUUCUCCCUCAUCAAGGGCAAACGCAAGACUUCGAAGGCGGUUCUGAAACGCUUUAAGCGCCUGGAUUGGGGCGCCUGGAUACGUACACACACUGGUCGCCACAAGAAGAUGUUUAAGAAGUCAUCCGCUUUGCGUCGCCGACUAAGGCAGCAUGUCUUCACCAAUGCCACGCAAAGUUGGCUGCUGGACAAGUUGGUCACCAGCUUUUGGCGUAGACCCAAACACUAUAUCGAUGAUCCUUAUGCUCCCUAUCACAAACGUCCUGAAUACUUUGCCACCAAGGGAAAGACAUUUAAAGUUUAACCAAUGUUUUUGUUUUACUAAAUGCAGAAUGUUUUGUUUAAUUAAAUAGAA